AUGUUGACAAAGAGCAAUUAUGCAGCAUGGGCUAUUAAAAUAGAAGUGUUUAUGAUGGCUCAAGAUGUCUGGGAGCCGAUCGAGUUCGAAGGUCCAGUUGAUAAACGAAAGGACAAGAUGGCAUUGGCGGCCAUCUAUCAAGGUAUAGGUGAAGAUACCUUGCUUCAACUAGGGGCCAAGAAGACAGCAAAGGAGGCAUGGAAUAUGCUCAAAGUUAUGAACCAAGGCGCAGAGAAGGUGAAGGAAGUCAGGACUCAAACCUUAUGGAGAGAGUUCGAUGCAGUGAAAAUGGGUGAUUCAGAGACAAUCGAUGAGUUCUCUGGAAAACUCACCAUCAUUGUCAACAAAUUAAGAAGUCUUGGUAACACAGUUGAAGAUGAAAAGGUGAUUAAGAAAUUGUUACGUUCUACUUCCUCCAAAUUUCUGCAGAUAGUUUCAGCUAUAGAGGAAUUUAGUGAUCUGAGAACCAAAUCGGUAGAGGAGGUAAUUGGAUCACUAAAAGCUCAUGAAGAACGAUUGCUUGGUUGUGGAGGCAAUUCGACUGAAACAGUUCUUCUUACUAGAGCUGAAUGGAAGGCCAGAGAGGAGGGAAGCUCUUCCAAGAAAGCUCAAAAUGACAAUGGUGGAAGAGGAGGCAGAGGUCGAGGCGGAGGACGCAGCCGUGGUAGAGGAAGGAGUAACGGAGAUUCGAGAAGAAGUGGUGAUGAUGAGUCGAAGCCACAGAAGAAAGACAAAAGCAAAAUCAAGUGUUAUAGUUGCGGCCGAAUGGGACAUUAUGCUUCUGAAUGUUCCAUAAAAGAAAGAGAUGAAAAGGCCAACUUAACACAACAACAAGAAGAUGAGGGACCAUCCUUGCUGCUGCUGGAAACUUGCGUACCAGAACUGUUACCAGCAGAGGAAUCUUAA